UUGUUGUGUAAAGGCAUGUACCGGGUUCUCUUCCAGCAUAAUGCAAAUCUCUAUGCUGCAAAUGGUGCUGGUGUUGUUUUGGCAGAAAAAGGUCAAUUUGAUAUUUCAAAGGAUCUUUUCACACAGGUUCAAGAAGCUGCCAGUGGAAAUGUUUUCGUCCAGAUGCCUGAUGUGUGGAUUAAUCUUGCACAUGUUCACUUUGCUCAAGGCAACUUUGCAUUGGCUGUGAAAAUGUACCAAAAUUGCUUGCGGAAAUUUUAUCAUAAUACCGACAGUCAGGUGCUUCUUUAUUUAGCAAGAACACAUUAUGAAGCUGAACAGUGGCAGGAUUGUAAAAAGACUUUAUUAAGAGCCAUCCACUUAGCACCUUCAAAUUAUACGUUGAGAUUUGACACUGGUGUGGCACUACAGAAAUUUUCAGCCUCAACGUUACAAAAGACCAAGCGGACUGUUGAUGAGGUGAGGGCAACAGUUGCAGAGCUGAAGAAUGCAGUUCGCUUAUUCAGUCUAUUGUCUGCAGCUUCAAAUCUUCAUGUUCAUGGAUUUGAUGAGAAAAAAAUCGAAACUCAUGUUGGAUACUGCAAGCAUUUGCUUGAGGCUGCAAAAGUUCAUUGCGAGGCAGCUGAGCGUGAAGAUCAACAGAAUAAGCAGAGAAUAGAACUUGCUCGUCAGGUCACAUUAGCUGAAGAAAAUCGUAGAAAAGCCGAGGAACAGAGAAAAUAUCAACUUGAGAGACGAAAACAAGAGGAUGAACUCAAGCAAGUGAUGCAGCAAGAGCAGCAUUUAGAGCGUAUUAAGGAACAAUGGAAAAGCAGUACUCCUGCCUCUAAGCGGAAAGACAGGCCCCAGAAUGAAGAUGACGAGGGCGGGCAUGGUGAGAGGAGGAGGAAGAAAGGUGGGAAGCGGAGAAAGAGGGACAAGAAGUCUCAUUACGAAUAUGAGGAAGCAGAAGCUGAGAUGGAUGAUCAGGAAGAAAUGGAUGAUGUUGACCGUAACAGAAAUGAUGAAGAAUCUUAUGAUCAAACAAAUGAUCAUGAUGAUCAAGCAGAGAAUAAUCCACAGGAUCUACUUGCAGCAGCUGGACUUGAAGAUUCCGAUGCCGAGGAUGACACUGUUGUACCUUCAUCAAAUGCAAGUCGGCGAAGGCAGGCACUGUCAGAAUCAGAUGAGGACGAGCCAUUGCAGAGGCAGGGAAGUGAGGGAGAAGAUGGAGAAAAUGUUGCUGCAGAUGAUGAUGAAUGAAGAUGGAAUACAUCAACAAUUCCUAGUUUGGUUGAUGACAAGAUUGUCAAUAUUCCUUACCUUUGGGUCAAACACACUGGGAUUUCUGUUGCCUCUUUCUAGGCCUGGCUGCGUUAUAGUUUUUGUUUCCUGGGGUAGCCUGGGUUAUUGGUAGGAAGAAAAGGUAAAUGUAGCUUAAGUUCUAGACAAACAGCUAUACUGUAAAUGCACAAGCUUAACAGCUACCCAUUUGUUUUGAUGGGGUUGUUUGAUAGGGGUGUACAAGAAAAAUGCUAAAUAGAGUGUAUUAGUAAUAGUAAUGCUUGCAUUAAUAAUGUUCGUAUUAUUAAUGUUGGAAUUAGUUAUACAUAGACUAUUUCUUAUG